UAUAUAUAUAUAUAUAUAUAUUUCGCAAACAAAAGUAUAACUGAGAAAGAAAAUCACAAAUUGUUAUAACAAAAAUAUGGCUACGAUGGGCGAGCCUCUCACUUUAGCAAGAGAUAUCAAAAGGUCUAUAGAAUUAUUAGAUAAACUACAGAAAGGAGGAGAGGUUCCUACAACAAAAUUAGCAGCAUUACAGAAGGUAUUACAAAGUGAUUUUCUUAGUGCAGUACGGGAAGUAUAUGAGCAUGUUUACGAGACUGUUGAUAUCCAGGGAUCACAGGAUGUACGUGCAUCUGCAACAGCAAAAGCAACUGUUGCCGCUUUUGCAGCCAGUGAAGGUCAUGCACAUCCACGUGUAGUCGAACUACCUAAAACAGAAGAAGGACUUGGUUUUAACGUAAUGGGAGGUAAAGAACAGAAUUCGCCGAUUUAUAUAUCUCGCAUUAUUCCUGGUGGUGUUGCUGAUAGACACGGUGGUUUAAAACGUGGAGAUCAGCUUUUAUCUGUUAAUGGAGUGUGCGUCGAAGGUGAAAAUCAUGAAAAGGCAGUGGAAUUAUUAAAGCAAGCUCAAAAUUCUGUAAAAUUAGUAGUUCGUUACACUCCACGUGUUCUAGAAGAAAUGGAAUUACGUUUUGAUAAACAGAGAGCUGCUCGUAGGCGUCAACAUAUGCAAUAAAUAUAAGUGCAAUAUUUAAUUCAUUCAAAAAAUGGAAGUUUAUCGACUGUAGUCUAUCAAUACAUCU